AUGUCAGCCAAAAGGAACGGCGCGGCUGCUGCGGUUCUCACACUCUUCUUCUGGGCUCGCCUUUCAGAACAAGCACCUGUGAACGGGUCUACAUGGUCUUACCUUGGUCCCAAAGGAGAAAAGAUGUGGCCCAAGAAGUAUCCCUUUUGUGGAGGGCAAUUCCAGUCUCCCAUAGAUUUUCACGAUGAUAUUCUCCAGUAUGACUCCACUCUUUUGCCCAUUGAAGUGGAAGGCUACAACGUCUCCUCUCUCGAACAGUUUAUCUUGACCAACAAUGGACAUUCAGUAAAAAUGAGCCUCUCCCCCACGAUGCAUGUCAGAAACCUCCCCAACAAGUACUCCGCUGUUCAACUCCAUUUACACUGGGGAAGCCAGAACAAGCAAGAAGGAUCAGAACACACAGUUGGCGGGAAACACUUCGCUGCUGAACUCCAUAUUGUACAUUAUAACUCUGACCAAUAUCUGGACAUGAAAUCGGCAGCUGACAAGUCAAACGGACUGGCAGUCCUGGGAAUCCUGAUACAGGUCGGCCAGUUCAACCCUUCCUAUGAAAAGCUCUUCAGCCAUUUCCAGAAUGUGAAAUACAAAGAUCAGGAAACGUCCGUCUCUGGUUUCAACAUCCAAGAAUUGCUUCCAAACAGACUGGAUGAGUAUUACCGCUAUGAAGGAUCCCUGACCACACCUCCUUGCUACCCAAGUGUUAUUUGGACGGUUUUCCGAAACCCAGUACAAAUUUCACAGGAACAGCUGCUGGCCCUGCAGACGGCUUUAUACUGCACACAAUCAGAUGAUCCUGCUCCCAUAGAAAUGGUGGACAACUUCCGGAGGGUGCAGGAGUUUGAGAGGAUGGUUUUCGUCUCCUUCCGACAAGGUUUUGUCCUGUCUGUUGUCGCAGCCAGUAGUCUUGUUGCGGUUGCUGUUCUGGGACUGGCCUUUUGGCUGAUUCGAAGGACCAAGAGCAAAAGGGCCAAGGAAGACAAAGGGGUCAUCUACAAACCAGCCAUCAUCAAAGAGGAGGAAAAUACCUCCACGGCAUAA